AUGGCUUUGGGCACGGCUCAGAUCUCUCAGUACGGUUUCGUGAUCUACAACAAACGUGACAACUUUCCCGAGCUCAUGGACGGAUUCAGCAGCGCGUUGGCAAGUACGCUACUCUUUGCCAAGCUCAUUAUCCUGUGGGUGAAUCAACGAAAGUUUAGCGAUAUAUUGCGAAUAAUGACAGCGGAUUGGCAGGGUCACACUUCGAACCAACGAAACAUGAGCAUAAUGAUGAAAACGGCAUUUCUCGCACGCCGCAUGUCCAGAAUCAUCAUUUUCAUAAAUGUUUCUACCGUGUUGUUGUACUGCCUCGGGGUCCUUGCCGCUAAUGCGAGCAAUCCCGAGAAAUGGGAGCCGUGCAAUCGAGAGCUCAUCCUGAAGAUGAAAUUCCCGUUUGAAAUUAGCACGCAUCCUAUCUACGUAGCUAUCACGGUGGUACAAAUCAUCCUCCUGUUGUGCAUCGGUUGCGGCAAUGGCUUUGUCAACACACUUCUCAUCAAUUUGAUACUUCAUAUCGAUGGUCAAAUAGAUAUUCUUCAGGACUGGAUGAAGAGAGCUUUCUCCAGGAAAGAGUCGAAAUCGUCGAACGAGAUUACACCACAGCUGUUGAUCACGAAGCACCAGCAAAUUAUCAUGUUUUCGGCGAGCAUUGAGAAUAUAUACUCAUACAUCGCAUUCAUGAUAUUAUUGUCGGACACCGUGAUUAUUUGUCUCAUAGGAUUCGUCAUUGCCGUUUCGCUCGAUAAGCCCAAUGCCGCGGUAAUAGUGGUGAAGUCUUUCAUGUUUUACCUUACGAUGAAUCUGGAUGUGUUUACAUACUGCUACGCCGGCGAGUAUCUGAGCACGAAGAGCAAAAUGAUCGGCGACGCAGCGUACGAUUCUCUCUGGUAUAAUAUAGCGCCGAAAAGCAGCCGAAUCGUGUUGCUCGUAGUUUUGCGAUCGCAAAAAAGAUUGACGAUUACAUGCGGGAAGAUCAUGGAUCUUACCUUGGAACGUUUCACUAGUGUUGUGAAGGCAUCAGCCUCAUACAUGUCGGUGCUUUUGGCGAUGUACUGA